AUGCAGAAGUACUCCUUCAAACGAAAGGCCGCGGUCGCAAAUUAUCUGACCAAAACAAAAUACGAAGCGAAGCGCAGUCGAGCUGCAACUUGUACACUCUUCGAGCCCAUAGCUAAAGGUCACGAAGAGGUGGAGGCCAUGGCAUCGCGAUUCGCCAGCGCGUCGAUCCUCCGGAUGCAUGACAAGCGGGAGGAUGCCGUGGGCGCUCUCUGUGGCUCCACCGGGCUGUGCUUUGGUACUGAGGCCUGUGACGAAGAGGGCUUCGUGGCAAGCCUUGUGGUAUUCGAAAAAGUGCAUAGUGGAAGGCAGAGGGAGGGUGCGAUCAGAUCAGGCAAGCGCGAACUACGGACUUUCUCAUUCAACAUAUCUCUAUCUUCUCCCAAUUUGAUCAACUUGAUAUCGCCCAACUUCGCCAAGGGAGAUUCUAAUUUUCGUACUAGCCAUUACCUAAGUAACGACGUCGCCUUGAAUCAUUCAAAACUCCUCAGCCUUCUCCUAUAUUCUCUCCAAGAUCUAUCUGCUGGCAUAACAGCAGGUUUAGCACUAUUGAGAGUGAGAAGAACAAUGCAGGCGUCAGAUAUUCCUACAUUUGACACCAUAGCAUUCUAUGUUGGAUUGAAAAGAGCAUCAGAUUUUGAGUCAACGAACGCCAAGAGUAACAGAUGGGAUAGGCCGAACUCCCAUCCCUCAACUAGACGUAUUCCGGCUCUCUUCUACCAAUAA